ACAGACAGAAGCUGAGAGAGGAGAGACCUUAUCAAAGCGCCUGAGCUCUACUUUACUGAGUCACUUCUGAAGAGGAGGGUCAGACAUCUAAAAGGAUUCGAGUGAAGGGAACGAGAGCAACAGAGAGGGGAAAAGUAAAAGCAACUCAACAGGUUUGGAGUCGACUGCUUUAUUUUUAGAGAUGGAUUUCCAGCCAAGUAUAAUUCAAGCAUCCAGCACAAUGGAGACACUGGAGAAGCAACUAAUCUGCCCAAUCUGUCUUGAAAUGUUUGAAAAGCCGGUGGUGAUCCUACCCUGCCAACACAAUCUGUGCAGAAAAUGUGCCAAUGAUGUGUACCAGGCUGCAAAUCCCUACUGGCAGGGUCGAAGUACGAUGAUAUCUGGAGGCAGAUUCAGGUGCCCGUCCUGUCGACAUGAAGUUAUUCUGGACCGGCAUGGAGUUUAUGGACUGCAGAGGAAUCUUCUGGUGGAGAACAUCAUUGAUAUAUACAAGGAAGAGGGCAUCAGCAAACCUUUGAAGAAGAGCAACCAGCUCAUGUGUGAAGAACAUGAGGACGAAAAGAUCAACAUUUAUUGUAUGACGUGCCAAGUUCCCACUUGCUCAAUGUGCAAGGUGUUUGGUGCUCACAAAGACUGCGAGGUGGCUCCUCUACAGAAUGUAUUCCAACAACAGAAGACAGAGCUAGCUGACGGGGUUGCGAUGCUUGUGGCUGGCAAUGACAGGGUUAAUGCCAUCACAGACCAGCUGGAGGAGACGUGCAAAAGAAUCGAGGAGAACAGCAGACACCAGAAAAACCAGCUCAUGGAGCAGUUUGAUCAUUUAUAUGGCAUCUUGGAAGAAAGGAAGACGCACAUGCUACAAACAAUUACCAAAGAACAGGAAGAGAAAAUAACAUUCAUCAAAGACCUGAUCAAACAAUACAAAGAACAUCUGGAGAGCUCUUCCAAGUUGGUGGAGGAUGCCAUUCAAUUCAUGGAAGAACCUGGAAUUGCUAACUUUCUUGUUAAUGCAAAGAAACUCUUAGAAAAAAUCACUGACGCCUCCAGAACCUCCCAUAUUCCAGAGCACGAAGAUGGGUUUGAGAACAUGGACCAUUUUUCUGUGAAUCUGGAACUGGUAGAGGAAGCACUGAAAAAUAUAGCAUUUGCAACAGCAGAAGAAGAUGAAACUGAAGAAGAUGUGGAGACCGAGGAUGAAGAUGAUGAUCAAGCUGAUGACCAGCAGUGAUAUUGCCUUUGCAGUGACAAACUUUUGAUAUCUUGCCUUAAGACUUCAAGCACCUCGAAGGUGGAAUAUCUUGUGUGAAUAUUUGGGAUUUGCCUGGCUCUAAAGCACAGGCGGCUCAGGAGGAAGACAAAUUUGAUCAACAAACUCCUUUUUGUUCAUAAAACAUUUAUAAAAGAAACAAAAAAUGUUUUUAUAAUGGAGCAAAAUGGACAGUUUUGUACCUUUUGUAUUAUUUUUAUACAUGAUACAGAGAUUCAUUGUAAUUUUUAAAGCAUUUUAGGGUUUAGUAGUUUACAUGACAUUACUCCAUUUGCUUUUUAGCUUGAUCAUUGUUAUUUAAAAAUAGACGCCAACCCAUGCUGGUUAAAGUGUUAAAAUUAAAAGCCUCCCUAAGAAACACUCAGGUGAGGCUUAAUACAGGAUAGGUAUAAGAAACGAAAGCACAAAAUAAAUAUUGAAAUAUGGGAUAGCAGUCUUCAAUUUAAAGUCACUGAAUAUUGAUAACUUGAAAUUUAAAAAGAUGGGAAUUAAUAUAAUUACACAACUGAUCGGAAAUUAUGUGUAAGUGUGAGAGGUUCUUAUUAAUUGGUGUAGCAAGCUCAAUGGGCCAGAUGGCCUACUCCUGCUCCUAUCUCUUAUGCUCUUUUGUUUCUGAGGCAGGUGAUUCCUGCAAACUCAGUUUUAAGUUCCAUUUUGCUUGUUGCUUCAUUUUUCAUGCCUGUAUGUUUGAAUUUAUUGAAUGUAAAUAAACUUGUUUAUAUGA